GUCAGAGGGCAAUAUGAAUGUUCUACCAUGUUCCAUCAACACACUAAAAGGGUUAUACGAUAUAUCCGGUGUGGAAGUAGGCCAACAUUUCUAUUGGCAAAUAGGGGGUUUCCAAGUCCAUGCCCAAGUACUUAUCACUUCUUGGGUCGUAAUUGCUAUCUUAUUAGGUUCAGCCACUAUAGCUGUUCGGAAUCCACAAACCAUUCCAACCGACGGUCAGAAUUUCUUCGAAUAUGUCCUUGAAUUCAUUCGAGACUUGAGCAAAACCCAGAUUGGAGAAGAAUAUGGUCCUUGGGUUCCCUUUAUUGGAACUAUGUUCCUAUUUAUUUUUGUUUCGAACUGGUCAGGUGCUCUUUUACCUCGGAAAAUCAUACAGUUACCUCAUGGGGAGUUAGCUGCACCGACGAAUGAUAUAAAUACUACUGUUGCUUUAGCUUUACCCACGUCAAUGGCAUAUUUCUAUGCGGGUUUUACCAAAAAGGGAUUGAGUUAUUUCGGUAAAUACAUUCAACCAACCCCAAUACUUUUACCAAUUAACAUCCUAGAAGAUUUCACAAAGCCUUUAUCACUUAGUUUUCGACUUUUCGGGAAUAUAUUGGCUGAUGAAUUAGUAGUUGUUGUUCUUGUUUCUUUAGUACCUUCAGUAGUCCCUAUACCUGUCAUGUUCCUUGGAUUAUUCACAAGCGGGAUUCAAGCUCUUAUUUUUGCAACUUUAGCCGCGGCUUAUAUAGGUGAAUCUAUGGAGGGUCAUCAUUGACUAGCUUCUGAAAUAAGAAGGUCUUUUUUUUUUCAAAAAAAAAAGACCAGCUUAUCCCAACUCAUGGGUGGCUCAAGAUAAUUUAUUUGGGAACAUGAUAUAUACAAAUACGGUAUAUAUGAUCUAGAGUAGGAGCAAGAAAGAUGUACGAUAUUAGGGAAUUGUAAAAAAAGGGAAAGAGAUCUAAUCUAAAAGAUCUUUUUCCUAAGAUUCCCGCUUGGUCCAUUUAUUCAUACCUCUCCAAUCGAUAUUCUAUUUAUAUUUGUUCAGUCAAUUACGAUUCAUAAUUUGAAUAAGAAUUGUUAUGUUUAUCUGUUUCCGACAUGCGCCUAAACAAACAAAAAAAAGAAAAACUGAUAGAAUCAUUCCCAUUUCAUUUGAUUUCAUUCAAUUCAACGAUUGACCAUGUCAUUAAUUGCAAUUCAAUUGGAUCAAUCAAAUCUUGAUAUUGAUACGUAAUGAUUCGGGGGCUGAUGAAUCCGUUCGUUUCUAUCCAUGCGGAUAAUGAUAAGGAAAAAGAAGAGAAGAGUUUACAAACAAAUAAGAUUCAUAAAAAAGUCGGUUAGGGAGAGAUAUAUGUAAUGGCUAUAAGCCAAUCCUGUGUAUGUUUCGAAGAAUAAUUCUAGAAUCCGAUUCAAUAUAAGAUGCGGAUGGUUUACGUUAUGGAAGAAACACAUGUAUAUGUGAUAUUAGAUAUUCACUAGUUAUAUAUGGACUAUCCAUAUAUUACAUCCCAUUGAAUUUAGAUGGAUUUCAAUAGAAGUCCUUCCGUUUCAUCUGUGACUGUGGAUUGAAUGAAUAAACAGAUGAAGUCAAGCAUAUAGAAGAGAAAGAGCGAAGAAUUGAAAGAAUGGUUCGGAACAAAGAAAUGGAAGAACUAGAACCGUAUGGAUUUCCAAAGACUCCAUGGAUAGGAACUAAAAACGAGAUAUCGAAGUAGUUCUGAUGAUUCAGUAUAUCAUCACUUCAAUUCGGAGUUCUUAGUUACUUUGAUCGGGUGGAUCUUAGUGAUGGAAUAAUAAGUAAUAAUUCAUUGGUUGAUUGUAUCAUUAACCAUUUCUUUAUUUUGGUG